AUGCUACUUGAGCACCGUUGUGUUCACCAGCACGUGUUCUCCAGUCAGCGUCCAGCACAGCAGCACGUGUUCUCCAGUCAGCGUCCAGCACAGCAGCACGUGUUCUCCAGUCAGCGUCCACCACAGCAGCACGUGUUCUCCAGUCAGCGUCCAGCACAGCAGCACGUGUUCUCCUGUCAGCGUCCAGCACAGCAGCACGUGUUCUCCAGUCAGCGUCCAGCACAGCAGCACGUGUUCUCCAGUCAGCGUCCAGCACAGCAGCACGUGUACUGCAGUCAGCGUCCAGCACAGCAGCACGUGUUCUCCAGUCAGCGUCCAGCACAGCAGCACGUGUUCUCCAGUCAGCGUCCAGCACAGCAGCACGUGUUCUCCAGUCAGCGUCCAGCACAGCAGCACGUGUUCUCAAGCUGA